AUUCAUCCAUAUCCUAAGCCUGCGAGGGGAACGGUUCAACGACACCAGCAUCAGCCUAACUAAAUAUAUCAGAAACGCAAGCAUCUUGCGCGGUGCUGGAGAAUGAGACGCAGCUAUAAUGGGUGUAUAUAACAAAAAAGGAACUAUCAGAAACUUAACCGUUAAUCUUUUUUGAUUUUUGCUGCUGGUUGUAGACGUCAUUGGAGAAUUGGCAUCGUGCAGGAUUUCUAUGCGGUUCUAGUCGUCUCUACUUGUGGAUAUAUAGCAGAGAACAUUCUGUGGGAUUGAAUCACAGCAGCUUCAACCAUGUCUGGCGCCUCGGUGAAAGUGGCUGUCAGAGUUCGGCCCUUCAACUCAAGAGAGACCAGCAAAGAAUCAAAAUGCAUUAUACAGAUGCAAGGGAACUCCACCACUAUUUUGAACCCAAAGAACCCCAAGGAACCACCCAAAUCUUUCAGCUUUGACUACUCCUACUGGUCUCACACCUCACCGGACGACCCUUGCUUUGCGUCACAGAGCCUUGUGUUCAAUGACAUUGGGAAGGAAAUGUUGCAGCAUGCUUUUGAGGGAUAUAAUGUCUGUAUUUUCGCCUACGGCCAGACCGGAGCUGGCAAGUCCUACACCAUGAUGGGAAAACAAGAGGAAGGACAGGAAGGCAUUAUUCCUCUGCUCUGUGAAGAUCUCUUUGAGAAAAUCAAUGACAAUAGCAAUGAGGAGAUCUCGUACUCCGUGGAGGUGGCUUAUAUGGAGAUAUACUGCGAGCGGGUGAGAGACCUGCUCAACCCUAAAAAUAAAGGGAACCUGCGUGUCAGGGAACAUCCUCUACUCGGGCCAUAUGUUGAAGACCUCUCGAAACUGGCCGUCAUGUCUUACACAGACAUAGCUGACCUCAUGGAUGCUGGGAACAAAGCCAGAACUGUUGCUGCCACCAACAUGAAUGAGACGAGCAGCCGCUCUCACGCAGUCUUCACUAUUGUUUUCACGCAGAGGAAGUAUGACAGCGAGACGGACCUGUCCACAGAGAAGGUCAGCAAAAUCAGCCUGGUGGAUCUGGCAGGAAGUGAGCGUGCUGACUCAACAGGGGCCAAAGGAACCAGACUGAAGGAGGGAGCAAACAUCAAUAAAUCUCUAACUACACUAGGAAAGGUUAUUUCAGCGCUGGCUGAGGUGGAUAACUGUACCAGUAAGAGCAAGAAGAAAAAGAAGACCGACUUCAUUCCUUACCGAGACUCCGUGUUGACAUGGCUGCUCAGAGAGAAUUUAGGAGGGAACUCAAGGACAGCUAUGGUGGCUGCCCUGAGUCCUGCUGACAUUAACUAUGAUGAAACUCUCAGCACACUCAGAUAUGCAGACAGAGCCAAGCAAAUCAAGUGCAACGCUGUCAUCAACGAGGACCCCAACAACAGACUGGUGCGGGAGCUGAAGGACGAGGUGACGCGUCUAAAGGAGCUGCUCCGUGCCCAGGGCCUUGGGGACAUUCUGGAUAACCUGAAAGAUAUACACAACAAUAAGCAUAGACACUUGCUUGCCUCAGAGAACCAACAGCCUGGCCAUUUCUCCACAGCACCCAUGGGCUGCCUGACAGCCUCUCCGUCCUCAGGCUCUCUGUGCAGCCAGGCAGGGCUCCAGUCCGUCUCAAGCAUCCAGGAGCGCAUCAUGUCCACGCCGGGCGGAGAAGAGGCCAUCGAGAGGCUGAAGGAAUCGGAGAAGAUCAUAGCCGAGCUGAAUGAGACCUGGGAGGAGAAGCUGAGGAAGACUGAGGCCAUCCGUAUGGAGAGAGAGGCGCUGCUGGCAGAGAUGGGAGUGGCCAUACGGGAGGACGGGGGGACCCUGGGUGUCUUCUCUCCUAAAAAGACCCCUCACCUGGUGAACCUGAAUGAGGAUCCUUUGAUGUCAGAAUGUCUGCUUUAUUAUAUCAAAGAUGGAAUAACAAGGGUGGGUCAGGCAGAUGCAGAAAGAAGACAGGAUAUCGUUCUAAGUGGAGCGCACAUCAGAGAGGAGCACUGUAUCUUCCGCAGUGAGAGGAAUGCCAACGGAAAUGUGAUUGUCAUGUUGGAGCCGUGUGAGGGAUCUGAAACGUACGUGAAUGGAAAACGUGUGAAUUCUGCAGUCCAGCUGCGCUCAGGUAACCGCAUUAUCAUGGGAAAGAACCACGUGUUCCGGUUUAACCACCCCGAGCAGGCUCGCGCUGAGCGUGAGAAGACACCAACAGCAGAGACCCCCAUAGAACCAGUGGACUGGACCUUCGCCCAAAGAGAACUUCUGGAGAAACAGGGCAUCGACAUGAAGCAAGAGAUGGAGAAGAGGCUUACAGAAAUGGAGAUCCUGUACAAAAAAGAGAAGGAAGAAGCGGACCAGCUGCUUGAGCAACAGAGACUGGUAUAUGAGAGUAAACUGCAAGAGCUGCAGAAACAGGUGGAGACUCGCUCGCUGGCGGCGGAGACCCCAGAUGAAGAGGAAGAAGAGGAGGAGGAGGAUGAAGUGCCCUGGACCCAGCAUGAGUAUGAGCUGGCCCAGUGGGCUUUCAGGAAGUGGAGAUACCACCAGUUUACCUCCCUCAGAGACCAGCUGUGGGGCAAUGCUGUAUACCUCAAAGAGGCCAAUGCCAUCAGUGUGGAGCUAAAGAAAAAGGUCCAGUUCCAGUUUGUCUUACUCACGGACACCCUCUACUCUCCGCUGCCCCCGGAGCUGCUGCCUCCAGAACCAGAGAAAGAGCAUGACACCAGGCCUUUCCCCCGAACGGUGGUGGCUGUGGAGGUUCAGGACCUGAAGAACGGAGCCACUCACUAUUGGUCCCUGGAGAAGCUCAAGCAGAGGCUGGACCAGAUGCGGGAGAUGUAUGACCGUGCAGGCGAGAUGGCCUCGUCCAAUCCGAGUGAGGAUGGAGAGGGUGCUUUGACUGGCAGUGACCCCUUCUAUGACCGCUUCCAUUGGUUCAAGCUGGUUGGGAGCUCACCUAUUUUUCACGGCUGUGUGAACGAGCGUCUGGCCGAUCGCACUCCCUCGCCCACAUUCUCCACCAGCGAUUCUGAGAUCACCGAGCUGGCCGACGAAAGGCAGAGCGAGAUGGAGGACUUCAUGGAUGAUGAGGCUUUCGUGGACGACACCAGCUCAGAUGCUGGGACCGAGGAAGGCUCUGACAUCUUCAGUGAUGGGCAGGACCCCUUCUAUGACCGUUCCCCAUGGUUCAUCCUGGUGGGCAGAGCCUUCGUGUAUCUGAGUAACCUUCUGUAUCCUGUGCCUCUGGUGCACCGUGUCGCUAUAGUAACAGAGAAGGGAGAUGUGCGAGGAUUCCUGCGCGUGGGGGUCCAAGCCAUCGCUGCCGAUGAAGAGGCUCCUGAUUAUGGAUCUGGUGUGCGUCAGUCGGGCACCGCUAAAAUUUCUUUUGACAAUGAGUAUUUUAAAAAGAGUGAUUUCUCCUCUGUGGUCAUGACCCGCUCUGGCCUCUCUUUGGAAGAGCUGCGUAUUGUGGAAGGUCAAGGUCAGAGUUCGGAGGUCUUCACCCCUUCAGAGGAGAUGAACCGAAUAAAUGACAUGGACUUGAAGCUUGGAAACGUGGACACAAAACUGGGUGAGGGAUUGGCAGAGCAUCUGGAAGUGGGCAGUAUCUUCACUUUCCGCGUCACCGUUCUGCAGGCGAGCAGCAUCCCGCCCGAGUACGCAGACAUCUUCUGCCAAUUCAAUUUCCUCCAUCGUCACGAUGAGGCGUUCAGCACAGAGCCGCUGAAGAACACAGGCAAAGGUGCCCCGCUGGGCUUUUACCACGUACAGAAUAUCUCAGUGGAGGUGACCGAGUCCUUUAUUGAGUACAUAAAGACAAAGCCAGUUGUGUUCGAAGUGUUUGGUCAUUACCAACAGCACCCACUGCACAUCCAUGGACAGGAAGUGGUCAGCCCUUCUCAGCCUUCCAGAAAGUACUGCCCCCCACCUAUGCCUUUGUCUAAACCAGUGCCAGCCACCAAACUGAACACCAUCACCAAGUCUAACCUGGGUCAGUGUGUGAGCAAGUAUGACCUGCUGGCCUGGUUCGAGAUCAGUGAACUGGAGCCCACUGGAGAUUAUAUUCCAGCUGUAGUAGAUCACUCAGGAGGUCUUCCCUGUCAUGGCACAUACCUUUUGCACCAGGGCAUUCAGCGUAGAAUAACAGUCACUCUGAUCCACGAGAAGGGCAGUGAGCUGCAUUGGAAAGAUGUCCGAGAGCUGGUGGUUGGUCGAAUCCGGAAUAAGCCGGAAGUGGAUGAUUCGGCUGCAGACGCAGUCCUGUCUCUCAACAUCAUCUCAGCUAAAAACUUGAAAUCUUCUCACAACUCCAGCAGGACGUUCUACCGGUUCGAGGCUGUGUGGGACAGCUCCCUGCACAACUCUCUCCUACUGAACCGUGUCACUCCCUACGGAGAGAAGAUUUACAUGACCCUGUCAGCCUAUCUGGAGCUUGAUCACUGCAUCCAGCCUGCCAUCAUUACCAAGGACAUCUGCAUGGUCUUCUACUCCAGAGAUGCUAAGAUCUCUCCUCCUCGCUCGCUGAGGAACCUGUUCGGCAGUGGCUACUCCAAAACCCCUGACUGUAAUAAAGUGACUGGAAUCUAUGAGCUUAGCUUGUGCAAAAUAGCUGACACAGGAAGCCCAGGUAUGCAGCGACGGAGACGGAAGGUUCUGGAUACAUCUGUGGCAUAUGUGCGUGGAGAGGAGAACCUGGCCGGCUGGAGACCCAGAGGAGACAGUCUGAUCCUGGAGCACCAGUGGGAGCUGGAGAAACUCGAGCAGUUGCAUGAGGUGGAGAAGACGCGUCAUCUGCUGCUGCUCCGUGAGAAACUGGGAGAGACGUCUCCUCCUAAAUGCCUGAGUGACUUUCUGUCUCCCAGUCUGAGCAGCGGCACCCUCAGCACCUCCACCAGCAUCUCCUCCCAGAUCUCCUCCACCACCUUUGAGAGCGCCAUCACACCCAGUGAGAGCAGCGGAUACGACUCCACAGACAUCGAGAGCUUGGUGGACCGCGAGAAGGAGCUGGCCACUAAGUGCCUCCAGCUCCUGACACACACUUUUAACAGUGAAUACAACCAGAUGUGCAACAGCAUCAGUGACUGCAAGUUAUCGGAUAUCUCUCCUAUGGGCCGUGACCCAUCCGUGGCCAGUUUCAGCAGUGCUACACUCACACCCUCCUCCACCUGCCCCUCUUUGUCAGACUCUCGGACCCCUGAAGCUAACUCUCGUGCCACCAGCCCCUCAUCCUCAGACUAUGAGAACUUCCCCAUGGUGCCCAUUCUGGAAACGUCCUACCUGGCCCGCGCCGGCAAACACGAGUUCCUCAACCUUGUGCCUGAUAUUGAGGAAAUGAGACCUGGGUCUGUGGUAUCAAAGAAGGGAUUCCUCAGUUUCAUGGAGCCCCGUUCCAACUCCUGGGUGAAGCACUUUGUGGUGGUUCGAAGGCCAUACGUGUUCAUCUACAACAAUGACAAGGACCCAGUAGAGAGGGGAGUGCUGAAUUUAUCCACUGCCCAGGUGGAAUACAGUGAGGACCAGCAGGCCAUGCUCAAGACACCUAAUACAUUCGCUGUGUGCACCAAGCACAGAGGGAUCCUCCUCCAGGCCAACAAUGACAAAGACAUGAACGACUGGCUGUAUGCCUUCAACCCACUGCUAGCAGGAACAAUAAGGUCAAAGCUGGCGAGGAGACGGUCCAGUCUGAUGAAGAACUGAACGAGUGUACACACGCACGGAGAUAGUGCUCAUUUCUCUUCGUCUACCUUUACAACGUACCAAAUGUGUUAACACUUCUAAAUCUUUGUGGUUCUUGACGGUUUCUCUUGUAUGUAGACCUGUGGCUCUCUUCUCCUCUCCAGCAAUUGAACUUUCAGUUCCCAAACACCGCUCUCCCUCCCUCCCUCCCUCCCUCCCCUCUCUAUUGUGUUAUUGAUUGGAUUUAUUCUGUCUUCAGUUUUGUUCAUUGUCAUAACUGAACCUCCUUCAAGUAGCAUGUUGUAAUAGUCUGUUUGUGUGUGCACGAAUCUUCAGAGCGGGUUCUGCUUUCUCUCGACGUACUCUCGUCUGGAAACGUCAUCAAUCUUACGGUGUUGUCUGCCAGGAACAUCUUACCCUCAGGAGAAAGUUGGUUUGCUAUAAAACCCCUAAUGCAUUGAGUAAAUGAAUAAAUAUAUUAAUAAAAAUAUAUAUAUAUAAUAUUAUAAUAUAUUCCACAAAAUCAACUUUCUCUAAAAGAAGAUAUACAGAAAAAAAAUAGCUUUGCUCUAGAUAUUGCUAAAAAGAAGAUUUUUAAAUGGACCAAAGCACUGAAUAUGCUUCAUUUUCUAAACAAGACAGAAAUUGACCUUUGAACCGAAUGUUAUCGCAGUAUUGGCUUAGUGGAUUUGCUGAAUCAAAGCAAGCCUUGAUAGUUGGGCGUUGAUCAUGUACAUACAGCCGUUUACUCGCACAGCCUGUCGCAAUUAAUUCCACAUAUCAAGGUCAUAAACACACCAUUAGCAAAGUACAGUAUGUAAUCAUAAGACAUAUAAUAAUACCAAGGAAAGAAAAUGAUGGUGAUGAUCCCUCACAUAUCGAUCUUUCGGUAGCCUACAGGAGUAUUCGGCUCGAUUUAAAUGAUUUCCUCCGUAGAUUAGAUUAAAAAAAAAAUGGUGCAAAAGAAUUACCUUGACACAGAACAACUGACCGAAUGAAUCCAUUUGUACAUAACGUUCAGGAUUACUGUGCUUAACGCUACUCAUGACGAGACAUGAUGCAUUAUGGGUUUCUGUCCUUGUUACUGUAUUCCUGAAACACCAUUUUCGGGGUUUUUUUUGGCGAGAAAGAUCUGAUGCUGUGGCCUCUUCUGAAGACCAGACGGUUGAGGGAGAUACUGAUUGCGAUUAGUUACAGUUACGAAGUGAAGGAUUGAAUUAUUGGUGUGGUUUAUUUCUGCUGUUCGGGAAAAAAUCUAAAGUCGGCAGGAUCAUUUAAACCAGCCUUUGUUCCCCUUUAGAAUGGGCAGGAUCACUUUUUAAUAUUAUUGAACAUUUAUCAUGUAUCUCUAGCGAUUAUCUUAACUUAUUUUUUAUUAACAUGUGAUCAGUGUUUUACAUUAGACAACGGAAGGCAAGAAGGGCACUUUUCUCCUUUUUAUUCAGCUGUUCCUCACUUAUUUAAACGACCAGGUUUGGCCACUAAAACAGUUUGAUCACCGUCAGUAGAAAUCGGGCCAUUUAUGCAGUUCACUGCAGUUGCAGUGAGGAAAAAGGGAUGGUAAUGUUCUGCUUUUUUUAUGGUUUUGUUUUGAAAAUCUUUGCUCUGUGCAUUUGAAGACAUUCAGUCUAGACACGCGCGCUGAAGUUAGCAGUGAUUCGGUUUGAUGGUGACAUUCCGGCCAUUUGGUUGAGCAUUUAACAGUCCUCUGGCCAGACAACCAGCAGGAAUUAUCACACUGUCAGACUGAGCACUGUCAAUCCUAAUGAAGUCAAUAUUCUUGCUGCUCAUCAUAGAAUGCAUCUUCUCUUAUCAAAGAACUUUAGUGCACUUUCACAACAAACACAUGAAAAUGGCUCGGAAAGUCAAGUCCUUUGGUCAGCCAGCCUUUAGGCUUCAUCUGAGCCGUUUGAUUGUUAUGGCAUCUGUGAAAAUGUUCACAUUGAAUAUUCAGAUCCGGCACAUAGAGUGCGUAAUGAGCACUGAAGGUUUAAGUGUAAGUUAAUGUUAGAAUUUUUUGCCAGAGCAAAGGUUUUUGGCAUCUUUUUUUUUUUUUACCAUCUUUGUUGAGUGGCUUGGUUGACUGUGUGUGACUAUUCAUAAUGAAUUUCAUUAACUGUAUUUAUUGUUUUGCAAUGUAUAUAUUAGUUUGCAGCUCUUUGCACAUGUGUUUAUACAACUAACAACAGAACAAAUAAAGCUUGAACAAUGUUUUUGUUGUUUCCUCAAAAGGUUUUAGGUUGUGGUGUUUUUCUCAUUGAAGUGGACUUUGAAUGUACCUUGCGUUUCACUAAAAAUGCAGUAAUUAUCUGAUGAAAGAAGAAGAAGAAUAUCUUAAUAACAAUGGGCACUUUUCACAUUUAGUCUAUGGAGGGCAGAGUUAUGAUGAGGCGUGUUCAUUUUUAUUUCUAACAUCAGGGAAUAUAUUUUCUAGAAUAUAACGUUUUGCUUUUCCUGACACAGUAACCUCUUUGUUUUUUGUGCUCACUUAUGCAUUUUUUCCCCCACGCUGCCUUUAAAGCAACCCUGGCAUCACUGUAUCACCCCAUCAUUCCCUCUCAUUGUGAUGAAACAACAGAAAGCAGAUCAGCCAUGGCUUUAACAUUGUACAUUUUUUUUGUCAGAUUGGCUUCAUUUUCAUACUUUUGUAAAUAUUUCAUGUUGUAUGGAACUUGGAUUAAAAUGUAAAUAUGUCUUCUGUAUUUGUAAUAAUUAUAAUCCAUUCGCUGUAUAGCCUAGAUGUGUAAUGCAUAUAUCUUAAUUCUGUGUAUGGUAAUCUUGCACCAUUGACCUGUUUAGUGAAUGAGGUAAAAAAUAAAAUUACAGCCAGUGCAUUAGAUGAAGAA